AUGUCUUCAGUCAAGAUCCCCUCAUUUGACAACCUGACCCUUGACCCCUCAGGCCCAAAAGGUAACGCCUGGGGCCUCUUCGGAAAGGACAACCACCUAGGCAUGCUCAACCUGCUCACCCCAGAUGUGAUUAAGCAAAGUGCAGCUGAAGAAAUCAGAGAAGGAGCCCGUUUCGCAUUGGACUGGAAGCUCAACGCUCUACACAAACCAGCAUUUGGAAGAGAGUCGUUCGAGAAGAAGAUUCACCACAAAGUGCCAAGGGCAGUGAACGAUGAUGUUUUGGUGUUUAAUACACAGUCUAGCACCCAGUGGGAUGGGUUUAGGCAUUAUGCAAACCAGGCACACAAGCUCUUUUAUAAUGGGACUUCACAAGAAACCAUUGAGACGACUGAUGUUCUUGGAAUUGACUCAUGGGUCGAUAAUGGCGGCAUCGUUGGACGCGGCGUCUUAAUCGACGUCGCCUCUUACGCCGAAAAGAACAACGUCACUUUUCCUCCCUUCGAAAGCACAGUAAUCCCUCUCGACCUUGUCAAAAAGGUUGCAGAAGAGCAACAAGUUUCAUUCCGACUAGGUGACAUUCUCUUCAUUCGUGUGGGAUUCACAAAGGCAUACGAACAACUAUCCGCCGAAGAGGGUCUUGCCCUCGGCCAACGAGCCAUCUCACGAUUCGCGGGUAUCGAAUCUAGCGAAGCCACUUUACGAUGGAUAUGGGAGAACCAGUUUGCUGCCAUAGCUAGCGAUGCGGUUGCAGUUGAGUCGUCACCUGUAGAUGGUCCUCAGGUUCCUCCGGAGUGGUCCUUGCAUCAGUGGUGUUUGGCUGGAUGGGGAAUGCCGUUGGGUGAGAUGUUUUAUCUGGAAAAGCUUGCCAGUUAUUGUGCAAAGAAGAAGAGAUGGACGUUUUUCUUUUCCAGCGUGCCAUUGAAUGUCCCCGGAGGCGUCGCCAGUCCACCAAAUGCUAUUGCCAUAAUGUGAAAACGUCUUGAAUGGUUAAAUAGUCAUCUGCAUUGAUGAUUGAGACAUGUGACUCAUACCACAUGAAAUUAUGUACAUUGAAAGAAAGAUACCACGAACGAUGCAAUGAGAAGAUAUUGUGCGAAUAAAACUUUUGAAUAUACCCCAGUAUCAUGACUUACCCGAUACGCCCGCCAAAAGUAUGCAAAUAUGUCUCAAAUAGUGGGACCAGCAGCCGACCAAACGCUAAGCUGGUCUGCCGGAGUCAAACAAGGCCCCUGCAGGUCUCUUUUUUAUUCUAUUUCGAUCAUUUCUUGAUCAACAGGCGCACUCUCAUUGAUCCUUAGCGUAUUAUUGGCCUUCUUGGAAGCAAGAACCGGUUUAGACAGCAA